UCCAUCCCAUGCUUUCUUUCAGUGUGAAUCUUAUAAUCUAAACUUUGUGAACUCUAUUAAAGAUGAGUUUAGAUUUAUACUUGGUUCCUUUUUUUUUUUGGUGCUUCACAAAUUUUCUUAUGUUUUAUUCAUUUAUAACUUCCAUUUUUCAAAUUACCAACUUCUCAUAAUAAUUUGUGUUUUGCUACUUUGCUAGGGUUUUAUACAUCCCGUGUUUCCGGCAAUUCCAUAAAGUUGUCAGCUUUUGGUUGUGGCUCAUCACGUGUCCGUUUGUUGUAAGAGUGCUCAAUAGCUUGGUGUUUGAAGUUUGCUGUCCAUUGGACAUGCCGCCUAGAAAAAAACCUCGCCGCCAGUCUACUGUUCCACCAGACUCAUCACUAACGUCGAAUAACAAUCAUUUUUAUCAGUCGUCAGCACAGCAGUCAUCUACAUUCACACAAUGAUGUCUUCCAAGCGUCUGUCUGAUAUGAAAGAACAUGACAAACCAGAACCAAUUGAAAUACGGGUUGUGAAAACAUGGAUACUAGUGGGCAAAAAACAAGAGCCAUCAUCUAAAAGCCAAAGUCAGGAGCUCUGUUACCUGUUCGUUGACAAACACGGUGACGCUAUUGAGGCAAUAGCAGACCAAAAGGAACAAGCAUACUUUGACUCAAUCAUCAAAGUUCAGUCAUGCUACAGGGUCAACAAUUACAUAGUAGUUGAGUCAAGAAAGUAUAUGCCAACCGUACAGCACAGCGCUUCCCUCAGAAUUGGAAAAAGAGCAAGAUUUGUUCCCUUAUCCGACACCAACAUACCGACCCAGUACUUUAACUUCGCUAAUUACGAGGAAGUCAAAAGUCGAUCAGGGUCAACGAAGUUACUCGCAGACUUCAUAGGUCGAGUCAAAAAGCACUGGCCGAGUACCACAAGAACAAACAAAAGGCUACAAAAGAUUGACAUGGAAGAUGACAGAGAAAAUCCAAUUGAGAUCACUUUAUGGCCAGAAAAACGCGACCUCAUCGGGAAUGAGACAAUACCUAGCGAUAUUCUGGCAAUCACAUCAACCUUAGUCACUGACUUCAACGGUUCUAAACAGUUGGAAUCAACAAAUGCAACAACCAUUGUUGUCAAUCCAACAUUCCCAGAGAUACAACAUCAUGUUGACAGGCCGAAAGCAUCACUGGCAGGAAAGACAAUACAGCCCGCAGAGAACACAGUGACAGUCAAAGAGCUUAAAAACAUAUCAGCAAACAAAACUGUCAACGUACCACAAUCCCGCUUCACCUGUCAUGCACAGAUAAAAGAGAUCUAUGCGUCCCGUAAAUGGUACUAUGUCCAAUACUCUUUGUGUACAAAGAAGUUGUAUCAAGAAAAAAGUGAUUCAAUCCACUUUGUAUGUGAGGAUGAUGAAAACCCACAACCGAAGUACAUGUACUGUGUAAACGCAUCGAUCAUUGAUGCAACAUCGUUCACUGAUGUGGUAUUCUUCAACGACGUCAUGACUGACAUGUUGGGUACUACCUGCGAAGAGAUGAUUAUCAAGCAAGGAUACACAGAUCCCAAGAUACUUCCAGACCUAAUCGUUGAGAAAAUCGGUAAUCACAUGACAUUUAACCUGACCGUAAAGGACAAAUCAAUUGUUGUCAACAAGGCAACUGAUGCUACCAAUGGCGACACUACACCAACUGAUCCUCAUACAAUCACUACACCACCAAAGGCCCUCAUGUUACCCUCACCAACACCAAACCGCAAGACCACUACGACUAAAAGGGCACUCCAGCAUUUACAUCCAAAACUAACAUUAACACUCAUUAGGUAGGUAUAAGUAUAGUUCAAAAUAGCUAACACAUAUAAGUUUUACAGACAAAGGUUCUGGUGAAAAACAAGCCAAAUACUAGAAGCCUAAUCUGCUAUGCGGCAAGCAUCCUUUUUGGGAAGGUCUAACUUUUUGUACAACGCUUGCCAAUGCAGAAAAAAAGUUACAUUUUGUAUGCUAUACAAAAAAAACCCAGUUUUAAGGCCGGGUGAAAUCCCUUUUGGGUAGUGCUUCUACGGUUCAUACCUUUUGUACAACACAUGCCAAUGCUAGAAAGUAGUAUUGAAGAAACACAAGUGCAGGUCCCUUUUGGUCAUAAAUUCUUCAAGUUAAACUUUUGUACAACACCUGCCACUACCAGAAGGAAGGCCAUACCUGCGACUACAAGAAAGAAGCAACGUUUUGUGUGUCAUAGAUCACAGUUUGUUUGAAUAUGCAAUGUGCUAAAAUAUGUAAUAUGACGUAGCAGCCUACACUUCUUUGUACUACAUGAACUAUGUGUUUAACUUUAUCUUCAACGAUAUAAAAUUAGACCUU